AUGCCUCCAAGCACUCCAUUGCAAGCUUCGAAGGUUGACGUCUCAAAGAAGGCAUGGGAGCAGAGCCCACCACUGCACAACAGAUGGCAUCCCGACAUUCCUCCUGUUGCAACCAUCCGAGAAGGGCAGCUCUUCCGAGUUGAAACGAUAGACUGGACAGGUGGGCAGAUCAAAGACGACGACUCGUCUGACGACAUCAAGCAUGUCGAUCUCAAUCAAGUUCACUACCUGUCAGGACCCUUCCGAAUCGAAGACGCUGAUGCCAAGGCAGCUAUGCCAGGGGACAUCCUGGUCGUGGAGAUCGUGGAGCUCGGACCUCUGCCCGGAGACGAGUGGGGCUUCACCGGCAUCUUUGACCGAGACAAUGGCGGCGGGUUCUUGACUGAUCACUUCCCAGCGGCAGCCAAGGCGAUCUGGAACUUCGAUGGGAUGUUCGCGCAUAGCCGCCACAUCCCCGGUGUCCGCUUCCCAGGCCUUAUCCACCCCGGGCUCAUCGGGACUGCCCCGUCCCAUGAGCUCCUAGCGAUCUGGAACGAGAGGGAGAAGAAGCUGGUGGAAGGAGGCGAGAAGAGUACUACCCUCUGCGGAUGCCUUCACACGAGGCCCCUCGCGUGCUUGCCCGAGCCGAAAGGAGCGUUGCUGGGAGGGGUGCCCAAGGGGAGCCCGCAGUGGGAGAAGAUGGCAAGUGAAGCAGCCCGAACAGUUCCCGGACGGGAGAACGGAGGCAACUGCGACAUUAAGAACCUUUCUAGAGGGUGCAAGGUUUACUUCCCUGUCUUCGUGGAGGGAGCGAACUUGUCUAUGGGAGACAUGCACUUCUCUCAGGGGGAUGGAGAGGUUUCGUUCUGCGGAGCUAUCGAGAUGAGCGGCUUCCUUGUUCUCAAGACCGAGAUCAUCCGCAACGGGAUGGAAAUGUACAUGACCCCCAUGGGGCCAACGAAGCUUCACGUGAACCCGAUCUUCGAGAUCGGCCCGUGCGAGCCUCGUUUCUCCGAGUGGCUCGUCUUUGAAGGCAUUUCGGUCGAUGAGUCCGGAAAGCAGCAUUUUCUCGACGCCUCCGUCGCCUACAAGCGCGCCGUUCUGAACGCCAUCGACUACCUUUCAAAGUUCGGGUACUCAAAGGAGCAGGUCUACCUGCUCCUCUCCUGCGCCCCAGCUGAGGGCAGAAUCUCGGGCAUAGUCGACGUACCGAACGCAGUGGCAACGCUGGCAAUUCCCAUCCGCAUCUUCGAUCAGGACGUGCGUCCCAAGAAGCUCAUGCCAGGGGUCUCGCUGCGCGUACAGAAGUACAGUGACUGCUGCAAGUCGACGUAUGACGGAACAGCAGCCAAGACGGAGAACCCGGCGCUCAGCAGCUAGAGGGCACAACAACACGUACACCUUUACUCGGACAGAAAAUUACACGCUCCUUUC